UGUGACAUAGGUGUGAGGUAUUUCAUGAUCAAAUCCUGGAAUCACGACAACGUUUAUGAAGCUCAGCGCACCAAUGUCUGGGCUACACAAGAGAAGAAUGAAGAAAUGCUCACGCACGCUUACAAGACAUCGCGCCAUGUCAUACUGCUCUUCUCCGUCAACAAGAGCAUGGCAUUUCAAGGUUAUGCGCUGAUGACAUCGGCGCCUGACCCCGAUAUACAGAAGCCUUCUUUCACCAGGAGACUCAACUGGGCCACCUCCAAUGCCUUUACGCUUCAAUGGCUCGCAAAGACUCCAAUAGACUUCCAAUUGGUAGGUCAUCUCAAGAAUACUUUCAACAUCGAUGAGGACACUGGGGAAGCACACGCCGUGCUGGUCGGAAGAGAUGGACAAGAGAUCAAUGCCGAUGCAGGUAUGGGAGUGCUUUGGUUCCUGGACGAGGCCGAAGCUGAAGCCGAAGCCUAUCGUAAAAGCGGAAAGGGAAAUGGGAUCUUGAGCUGGAAACCUCCCCUUUGGUCUGCUGAACCAGAACGUGCGAGCUGUGGAAUAUGA